AUGAUUAAAGUGUACGACGGCAACAGCUCCUUGAGGCGAAGAAUAUUUCGAGUGAUUCCGGUACCCAGGCAGGCUACGACAGAGCAGGUUCUCACAUUGGCAUUGCGCGCAUUUCACAUCACAAAAGAUCCUAGUAACUUUUACUUAACCGACCUGUAUGCUGCGGAGGAAACUGAGUUGUGUGACCCGACACCUGUUUUAAAUUUAAAUCGCCAAGAAGGCAAACGUCCGGCUGUGUUCUUACGAUUUAAAAAUAACGACAGUGGGGAAGUACGAGUUUAUCCCGGCAAAUUGCAGGUAUCAGAGUCAUUCUGUAUAGUACCUGUUACCGAAGCAACAACUGUUGCAGACUUAAUAAACGAAGCACUUGAGAAGUUUGGUUUACAAAAUUUUAAUUGCGAUGACUAUAGGUGCAGUGAAAUUCUUUUAGACCGUGGCGUGACGGAAAGGGUUUUGUCCUGGGACGAAAGACCUUGGGAUAUCGUUAAGAAGCUGGGAAAAGAUUCUAUUAGGCAAAUGGAACUAAUGCGGUUCUAUCUACAGUUAAAGCAAGACCCCCAUGGACCCAACUUGGCUUUAUUCGUGGGCAACUUGCCACCAAAUCUUUCUGAAAGAAGUUAUGAGAAUAUGUUGAUAGAAUUUUUAGGAAAAGAAAAUAGGUUUUCAUUAAUUGGCCCAAUUUAUUAUGAAUACGGUUCGAUGGUCAUUAUAUAUGAAGAUGCGAAUAAAGCGGUCAGAGCAUUAUAUGCGUUGCGAGAGUCAAAAUACGAAGACAAGCAUCUUCUAGUAAUGCUUUUACCGAGUAUCGAGCCAAGUAUGGUACCAUCGGGUGUUCAACCGCUGCUCGUGUUUGUAAACGUAAAAUCUGGCGGCUGUCAAGGGCUCCAGCUAAUUUCUAGUUUUCGUAAACUAUUAAAUCCUUAUCAAGUGUUUGAUCUCGAUAACGGCGGACCUCUCCCCGGGCUUUACGUUUUUCGCCACAUAAAAGACUAUAAGAUAUUAGUUUGCGGUGGUGAUGGAACGAUAGGCUGGGUAUUACAAUGUUUAGAUAAUGUGGGUCAAGAUAGCGAGUGUUCUUCUCCCGCUUGCGCUAUUGUACCUUUGGGAACGGGAAACGAUCUUGCGCGUGUACUAUGUUGGGGUUCAGGAUACACGGGUGACGAGGAUCCGUUAAACUUAUUGCGAGACGUUAUCGAUGCGGAAGAAAUAAUAUUGGAUAGAUGGACUGUAGUUUUUCAUCCAGAAGAGAAAGAACAGACUCAAGUAGUUUGUAAUGCUGCAGUGUCGUAUUAUGUUACAGGCGCUGGUUCAACAAGCGAAGACAAUACGCAAAUAUAUGUAAUGAAUAAUUAUUUUGGCAUCGGCGUCGAUGCGGAUUUAUGUCUUGACUUUCACAACGCGAGAGAGGAAAACCCUAAUAAGUUCAAAAGCAGAUUACGAAAUAAAGGUGUAUAUGUAACUAUGGGUUUACGUAAGAUGGUCAGACGUAAGCCGUGCAAAGAUUUGCAUAAAGAAAUUCGGUUAGAAGUAGAUGGUAAAUUGGUCGAAUUACCGCAAGUGGAGGGAAUAAUUAUUCUGAACAUUUUAAGUUGGGGUUCUGGUGCUAAUCCUUGGGGACCAGAUACCAAAGAAGAUCAAUUUUAUACACCAAAUCACUGGGAUGGUAUGUUAGAGGUUGUCGGAGUUACAGGCGUUAUGCACCUUGGACAAAUACAAUCGGGUCUACGUACGGCUAUGAGAAUAGCGCAGGGCGGACACAUAAAAAUUCACUUAAACUCAGAUAUACCUGUACAAGUAGACGGCGAACCGUGGGUUCAGAGUCCCGGAGACAUUGUAGUCUUGAAGUCAGCGCUCAAGGCUACGAUGCUGAAGAAGACUAAGGGUAAAAUGAAGCGGCGUAAUACAGAAUCCAGUAUGCAAUUGGCGCUUCAGGCUGCACCGUCGAGCGAUCCGGACGAAGAUAUCUUCUGAGUGAAUAAACAUUUAAAGUGAAAGUGAUUCGAACACGCUGCGGUAACGGCAAGAGCACGUAGCCAUAUAUCGAAAGAACUCGAUCGAUUAGCGUACGUAAUAAAAUAAAAUCGGCCUCGAAAUCGUCCGACAGCAGUUGCGCUGCACGAACUUAAAACAUAAGUACUUACUUACAACGCGAGAAGAAAAGAAAA